CGAAUAUCAUGAUGACGCGAAGGAAAAGCCUUGAAGGGAUUUGGUUGGAUCAUCGAUUUCUUGGAAGAUUGAGAUUUUAUGGGGCUUCCAAAUACCGCAUGCGGAAGGGAUGCAACAACAAACACACCCCCUUGCUGGGUCUUGAGUCGUGCCUGCCAGUGUGACAUCGCCUUCUUUUUCUGCUUCUGCUUUGUCUUCCUUGCGUCCCUCUUCUUCAUUUCGCCGCUUCCUGACGACUGGCGAUCUCUUCGAUAUUUUCCGUCCGUCCUCCCGGCAUGCAGUCAUGAGUGGUCAAGCAGCGAGUUACUACAAUCAAAACCAGGGCUCUGGCGAAGGCCAGCCUCAGCAACAGCCCAUCUACAAUAACAACGGCAACUACCAGUACGCUGAUCCCGGCUAUCAAAGGGGUCCGGAGCCCAAGCAACCUCACGAACCGCCGCCAACGUAUAAUCAAGCCGUGUAUGGGUUUGAUGAUGCUUUUAAGAUUGAGAAACCCAAGUUUAACGAUAUCUGGGCUGGCCUUCUACUCAUCGCGGUGUUCCUGGGAUAUGUCGCAGUAUCUGGAGUAGUAAUUCACCGAUACGCAAAAUACAAAGGAUUCAAUGGCGGGGGCAUCUACGACUCGUCCAAUGCCUUCUCCCUUAAUACCAAUACGUUGGUGUUGUUCAUGUUUGUACUGUGCGUGGCGCUUGCCUUCUCGUGGGCAUAUUUCCUCGGGGCCCGCCAUUUCCCCAAGCUCUUUAUUUGGGUUACCGGAAUUUUGAAUAUUGUGCUCGCUCUGGCCACCGCGAUCUACUAUCUCGUGAAGAAGCAAUAUGGCGGAGGCAUUGUGUUUCUUAUCUUUGGUGUCUUCGCCAUUGUUUGUUUCAUCAGUUGGAUCCCGCGCAUCCCAUUCACGGCAUUCAUGUUGCAAACCUCUAUGGACGUAUCCAGGAAAUACGGACACAUGCUUCUCGUUAGCGCAAUUGGUGGUAUCGUUGCCGUGGCUUUCGGCGCUUGGUUCUCUGUCACCCUGGUCUCGAUCUAUGUGGCUUAUGAGCCCAAUGGCGGCGGGACUAACCCGGCUUGUCGUGACGGUGGGGGUUGCAGCACAGGCCGAGUCAUAGGCUUGGUCGUCUACGUGACAUUUGCCAUGUAUUGGUUCAGCGAAUGGUUGAAGAAUACCGUGCACACGACCAUCGCUGGAGUCUAUGGGACUUGGUACUUCUGGAGCAACUCGCCAGACGGCAUGCCGAAGGGAGCCACUCGCGGGGCAUUUAAGCGUGCCACUACCUACUCGUUCGGCAGCAUCAGUUUCGGUAGCUUGAUCAUUGCCAUCAUCAACAUGCUCCGGCAAGCGUGCUCUGUCGCACAGCGCCACGAGGCUGCAGAAGGCAGCUUAGCGGGUAGCAUUGGAUUUUGGAUACUUGGCUGUUUCAUCUCUACGCUCGAUUGGCUAGUCACCUUUUUCAACCGUUACGCCUUCUGCCACAUUGCCCUGUACGGCAAGCCGUACAUCCAGUCCGCGAAAGAUACAUGGACCAUGAUGAAGGAUCGGGGCAUCGACGCACUUGUGACUGACUGUCUCAUCGGACCGGUCUUGACCAUGGGCUCAAUCGCUGUGUCGUAUGUCUGCGCCUUGCUGGCAUAUCUGUACCUUCAAUACACGCACCCCAGCUACAACAGCGGCGGAGAAUUCACGGCCGUGAUCAUGGCGUUCGCUUUCGUGAUCGGCCUUCAGAUCUGUCAGAUCUUCAUGACGCCGGUGGGCAGUGGAAUCGAGACGAUCUUCGCGGCCAUGGCAUGGGAUCCGCAGGCGAUGAUCCAGAACCACCCAGAUCUUUACCAACAAUUGGUCCACUUAUACCCGAAGGUGCAACAGGCGAUCCAUGCAUGAUCGAGCCCACUUGGAGAAUGCUUCUUCUUCUUCUUCUUCUUCUUUUUUUUUCCC